AUGAAGCCAGCAGGACUCUUGCAAAGGCUAGCUUAUAGGAGCACAUCUACUGCUGCUGCACCUCGGAAUGGCUCUGUCAAACUCAACAAGGAGUCUCCCGACUUGUUUUUGAACCCGCACGCAUGGAAAGGUUUACCUGCCGAUCAAAUUUUUCAAUUGCACCAAAUAAGAAAGACAUAUCUUGGUGAUGCGUACAAUCCCACCAACGAAGAAAGGACGGCCAUUUUAUCCACCAUAAGCUCGUUGGCAAAUAAGGGCCCCGCGUUGAGCUACAGUUUUGAAAUUGAAAACUUCAAGGAACGGGUCAUGAACAACACACCCAUGAAGGACAGAGGCAAGCCUCAAAAGUUGUCCAAUCAGCCUGUCCUCAAUACCGGCGAGGCUCCACACCAUGAGAGACGUAUUGAGAACCUUACCCGAAUUGCAGCUUUUGAAGCGCCCUUGCUUGCCAAGUAUCGCCAGGAAUACAAACCACAGAACAAGAACAAGACGCCGCUCAGGUUGAUUUUCAACUCUGAUUUCACGGAGCAAACUUCAAACAAACACAACAGAAAAGUGACGCUUUUGGUGAAAUUGAAGCACCUUUCGUUGAACGAGAAGCAGCAGCACAAAUUCAAAAUACUUGCCGGACCAAGAUUUCACCACGGCGACGGCACUUUCCAGUUGAAAUGCGAAAGAUAUCCAGAAGCAGCUCAAAACCUGACCUGGCUCGUGGACACUUUUAACAAGCUCCUAAAGGAAGCCAAGGACAUUUCGCAAGAGACUUUUGAAGAUAUACCUUUAGACAAGCGCCACAUGAAGACCUUGACCAGAAAGCCGCACCCCGUUUUCCCCGCGGAAUGGAAAAGACCCGCAGAUGCCCCUGUCCGGAGACACGAAAUUGUAAAUAGACUAGUCGACCUCACCACCGAAAGGAAGGACCAAGAAGAACUCAACAGAAUCUCUCCAUAG